AUGACGCAACCUGCUAUCUCGCCUGGAUCGCUCGCCUUCCUUGGGCCAGCGCAGCUACCCUCGCUUACCGAGUUUCGCUACGUACGAGUGCUGAGUGUGGACGGAGCCAAGGCAACAGUAGCCAUCGUUAGGCUUGACGAUGGUGAAAAUGUUGAUGAUAAAGUGGAGGUGGCAGUUCUGCGGUGCCGCCAGGUCACGGAUGAGGAGAGUGGUCUCUGGCCCGGCAUGUUCGUCGGACAUCCGAUCGCAUUUAUCCAGCCCGAUGGUAUCGGCAUGGAUGAAUGGACAUUCGGUCUCGUCACCGGAUACCACAUGUUCAAACACCAGCCGUGGCUUCACAUUCGGUGCAAAGAGGAUGCAAAGAAAAUCAAGUUAGAGCAGCCGCCUAAUGUCAUCAAGGUGGACUGGAUCAACUACGUUCUGCAGACCGGAGCGGGAAGUAACCAACGCCUCCACCACCAACGCGGAAGAGCUUCUAGUACUGACGGACGAAGCCGCAAAUCCCCAGACGUGGACGUACAAGACAAGCGGCCAGUCACGCGACGCAGGACGCUGGAAGCCCAGGCAAGUGCAGACGCUUCGGAGCUAGGGGAGACGCCCAUGGGUGUGUCAACGUCGUCGGAGGCAGGUGAUGAAGACGAUGCCGACGUACUCGCCGUGCUGCAGCAGAACCGUGCAUUGACCCACGAUGCGGUGCCCGCCGGUGGUACCGUCACUAACGGAGGCGGGACAGCAUCAAUGUUGGCAAUGAAGGAGGCGCGCGGGCGCUCGGCCACGACGUUUCGCCCAACGACACUUAAGCAGCAGAUCUACAACGUCAUUGGCCACACCGACAACCAAGGUAAGGACGCUCAAUGUAUUCUUGAAUGUACGCAGGCCCGUGAAUCUCGCAUCCGAGAGGCUUCGCCCGUUUUACGCGGGGCAUUUGAUUUCGGAUUUCAUGUUCGCGGCCUCUCCGUCAUGCACUUUGAGCGCGUACGGCGAGCGACACCGCUGGAUGCGUCCGGUUCCGUGAUCAAUAUGACAGAUUUUUCCAGGAAGAACGGCCUCCAAUCAGCCACAACCGACCCUUCGUAG